AUGGAUGUGGAUAAUAGCGGCUUUGAUAUGAGCAUGGCUGCAAAUGAAGAUGACGACGAGGAUGUUGGAGAAGGACGGGCUGGAGACUCGGCGGGAAUGUCAAUUGACAUUCGAGACGUCCUCCAUUUUCGCAGCUUUAAGAUCGACGCAGUCAACAUUUACACCCUUGAGAAAGAGGUCUGCAUUCAUAGAAGCGAAAACACUAAGGCUGCCGUUGCACUAGUCUCUGCUGGGUAUCUUGGCACGUCUCCUGAGUUCCCAUCUCUUGCAAUAUCUCUUCAGACUCUGGAGCUAUACUACACACUCCGCCUUUUCAAACCAUCCUUCAGUGUUGAAGCUUUUGCCAAAGCGCUUUGCCACUUGUAUUCAAUUCCCUUCCGUCGGGGCUAUCGUACGGGUCUCUCAGAUACAUUUGAUGUUUACUUGGCUAUCCGACGGAGAAUUGAUAGUCAAGUUGCUAAGGAGCUAGGUCACGAAGGUGCAAACUAUCGCGUUCUCAAUAGCUGCCCAGCAUGCUGUUACAAGCUUGAAGACGAGCCAGAACUGGAGUUCUCGCGCAUGUGGGUGGUUGACGGGAAUAACUCCCUUAAGCGCAUGGCGGGCAUCGGGAAUCGGGAAGUUUCUGACACCCGGAUCUUUGGAGAGAGUGAUUACUAUUUAUCCGAAGACUUUGUCAACAUAUAUGCUGGUGAAAUCAAGGCCCGUCCACUUGCCCGCAAUAUCGAGGAUGAGGACCCUGAUGAGCUUCAAAGUGAUUGGGUUGAUGAGGAACACGGAGACCCUACAGAUGGAAUUGAAGACAGUGAGCUGGCACAGUGCACCGAGAAUUGGAAAGCUGCUGCUGCCGACCAGCAGAAAAAAAUGUGGGGUAUUUUUCAUGAGUCUGGAUACUUUGCAAGUGCAUGCAGGCAUGGCUUUGUCCUAUGGGUUGCUGACAUGAUACGUAGCGGGGAGCUUGCUAAAUAUCCUCUAGCUAUUGUAGCAAAGGCUCUCGGGGUACUUCCGCUGCACUGGCUUAUGGGCUAUGACAUUGGCUGCAGCUUCGGGGGUACCAUUCUUCGCAGCUCACUUGGCCCGGAAUUUGCCAAGCAGAAAUGCCGGACAUGUGUCAACACAUUUCAUGGUUACUCACACAACGCAGCAUGUCAACAGAAAUACCACCCACUCAACAUCCUUGGCAUGGGUCUAGAAGACCUCGAAACACUCGAACGACUUUUCUCAUCAUCGAAUCAACUUGCUCCUCUCAUCCGAUAUAUGACUGCCUAUCGACGCCGCGUUUUCAUUGACAUAUUCUUACAGCAAUGGGACCAGGAGAAAUACCAGAACCUUGCUACUAUGCUGCACAAUAACUACGUACAGGCACUCAACAUACUCGAAGAUGAGGCCAAAGCCCUUCAGGCAGAUCUUUUAGCCAAAGGUAUCACAAUCGAAGACCUCGAAACUUACUUUGUGGAAGAAUCAAACCAUUUGAAGGAGAUUGGGAAGGAGGCUGAGGGGGACCUGCAUGCGGUUGCAUAUGUCGAGCUUCUGCAGAGAUACCGAGAACUUAGCUCUGCUUGUGACAAUGCUGCUGCUGAUUUUCGCUCCCAGACACCCGCAGACUACGAAUUUCUUGCUUCUGCAGCAUCCUACAGCAGAAAUCUAUCGGAUGGGCGCCGGGCUGAAACAAAGCGGCGGUACUUGCGGGAACAACGGGAUAAGACGCUCUUUGAGGUGGCACUCGAGCGGCUCUACAAGUUGGUUAUUCAGCGUCUCUUUGAGUUACAUAAAAUGAAUCUUUCAUUCACUGGCUACAAAAUGCGGACUCACAUUUCAAACGCCCUUCAACGCCGCUCAAAAGCUAUCCGAAAUGCUGUCAAGACUUACAACUCCGCUGCUGCAGCUAUAGGCCGACCGACACUUGAUUGGGUAAAGGUUACCCACUACUCAUUCCUUGACCAAUUCAACAUCCUUCAAGACACCCGCCAUAGCAUUCUGGACAAGAAAUGGGCAGACCCUGUUGUCCGACAUCUCAUGAAGCAGCAUCGCCAAGUUGCACGGGCCAAGGAGGAAAUUCAGCAUUGUAACAUUCAAAUUCGCAGGUUACAAACCUCCAUUUUUGACGAAGACAAGAAAUUUCAAAAAGUUUUGGAGCAUUUGAAGGACACUUCUAUGUACUUCCCAGUCCAUGACUUUAUUAACCGCCGACGUGCUGUGAACCAGCUUCUCCUCAGCCGUAUCUAUCAAACGCAGGCUUUGCCUGGUUUCACUGGUAAUAGGAACCCUGGGACGACGGAGAGGAUGCUGAGGAUGAUGAAAUAG